CCCCCUUUCCCGCCCCCGCUGCGCUCCCUCCUCCAAAAAGGCCCCGCCCCACUCCUCCCUCGGCUUGAUUCACCGCUCCCCCUCCACCUCCACCCGGACCCGCAAGAUCCCGACCCGCCGCGGCCCCCGCUCCUCGAUCGAUUGAUAUCAGACGCGGCCGGGUGGGCGGAAGAAGGCGGCGGCGGCGGCGAUGAGCGCGGUGAACAUCACCAACGUGGCGGUGCUGGACAACCCCACCGCCUUCCUCAACCCCUUCCAGUUCGAGAUCUCCUACGAGUGCCUCGUCCCGCUCGACGACGAUCUGGAAUGGAAGCUCACAUAUGUUGGAUCAGCUGAAGACGAAACCUAUGAUCAGCAACUUGAGAGCGUGCUUGUUGGACCUGUCAAUGUUGGGACCUACCGUUUUGUCUUCCAGGCUGACCCACCGGACCCUUUGAAGAUACGUGAAGAAGACAUCAUUGGUGUCACCGUGCUGCUGUUGACAUGCUCCUACGUGGGUCAGGAGUUCAUGAGGGUGGGUUAUUAUGUGAACAAUGAUUACGACGAGGAGCAGCUGAGAGAAGAGCCCCCGGCAAAGCUAUUACUUGACAGGGUGCAGAGAAACAUUUUGGCUGACAAGCCCCGUGUCACCAAGUUCCCAAUCAACUUCCACCCUGAACCUGGCACGAGCUCAGAACAGCCGCAACAGGAUGCAGAACAGCAGCAGCAGCCGACUUCACCGGAACCACAGACGGCUCCAGUAGAGCCACAUAUGGCGCCACUAGAGAAUGUCCCCAUUGCCGCCGACCAAUGAUCAGAGUUGGGGUGCUAACGAUUCUGCACUGCGCUGCGCUGCACCAGGUUUUCCACUGCACUGAUGGUUCACAAUCUGGCAAAUGCUGGGUUCCGCUUUAUUUCAGAUAAACAGUGCUUUAACCUGUUUUGUUUCAAAAGUUUGAACUUCUACUGAGACUGAAUAUUUUGGUCCGCACCGUGAAUUGCUUACUGGUGUUUUAUUUUCUUUGGUGUAGAUUCUAACUGGGUCAAGAAUCUAUUAUGAUUGUGGUCAAAUAGUUAGUAUAACUACAGAAUGCUUUUGAAACUUAGCUAGUAAUUGGUGAAUAUUGCUCAAAAAGUAGGCUGAACCUUUUGUCCUGUUUAUGGAGGAUAUAUUUGGUGAUACUAUUUCUCAUAUUUUUGUAAGUGCCCUUGUUAUUUGGUGA